AUGUCCAGCUUCCCACCAGACUCCCACGCCCCAACGCCCCCGAUCCUCCCCCCGAAACCAAGCAGCCAGGAGCCCAGCCGCAUCGGCACCCCAACCUCGGGCGCGCCUCCGCCGCCGCCGUCCUCCCUCUCCGAAGCGGGGCAGCACACAACCCGAGCGGCCGAGAUUCCUGAUCCGGGCGACCAGUGGCUGCCGCAGGUCGUCCAAGACAAGUCAAAACAAGACAUCGCCGACAUCCUCUCCAGCCCAUCCCUCCUCAACGCCCUCACCAACAGCCCACAAGCCAUCCACCCCUCCCUGCGCGCCUCCCACGCGGCCCUCUCCUCGGCCCUCUCCUCCAACAUCGACCUCGCGACCCGCCUCCUCGAGUCCGAAGCCCGCCUCGCCCGCCAGCGCUCCGCCACCCAGGCCCAGCUCCUCUCCAUGCACGCCCUCGAGCGCCAGUGGCGCCAGAAGCAGACGGACAUGGACACGGCCCUCGCCCGCUUCAGCCCCGCCGCCCUCUACCAGCUGCUCGCGCAGAGCGUCCAGGAGCAGGCCGCCGUGUGCCACGCCCUGGAGGAGAGCUUCCUGGAGGACAACAACGCCGCCGUUGACCACGGGAGGGGGGACAAGACGACGGCGACGGCGACGGCAACGGGCGAGAGGGAGGCGGCGGACUGGAUACGUCGGUAUAGGGAGGCAAAGGUGCAGUUUUAUCUGAGGCAGGAGAGGAAGGAGAGGUGGGAUGAGGGGAGGGUUGGGGGGUGGAGGUGA